UAGUGAAGCCAUUUGGGAUUCAGCCUUCUUGCUAGAGAAGCGCUGGGGUCCUUCGGGCAGAUCCUCGGCUACCUUUGUUUACAUACACGUCACCAGGAAGUGGACCAACCAAACUUCGAAAUGUUAAGACAGGAUUCACAGGGUGAUGUUCCACUUUUUGACGAGGAUGAGGAUGCAGCCAGCAGCAGCAAGUCAAAAAUCCAGCAUCCUUUGGCCACUUUCUUCCACCUUUUCUUCCGUGUGAGUGCUAUCCUGGUCUAUCUGUUGUGUGAACACAUCAGCAGCAGCUACAUUGCCAGCAUGGUCACCAUCAUUCUCCUCCUGUCAUGUGACUUUUGGACAGUGAAGAAUGUGACUGGGCGGCUACUGGUAGGCCUGAGGUGGUGGAAUCAGGUGGAUGAGAAUGGGAAGAGCCAUUGGGUGUUCGAGUCUCGAAAGGAAACCAGCAGAAAAAUUGUCUCGAGUUCAGAAUCACGGAUUUUCUGGCUCGGCCUUAUUGUGUGUCCCAUCUUAUGGGUGCUCUUUGUGUUUUCUUCUCUCUUUUCCUUCAACAUAAAGUGGCUGGCGGUGGUGAUUAUGGGAGUCGUGUUACAGUGGGCUAACCUCUAUGGGUACGUCCAAUGCAAAGUUGGGGGUGGAACCAAUCUGAAGAACAUGGCAACCAGCUAUGUUGGCCUUCAGUUUUUUAAGCAGGCAAUGAACAAAUCACAAGGACCCUAAUGUGCCUUCAAGGAUUUAACAACUUGGCGCUGCUAAAGUUCUAAUUUAUUUUCUUGUACUGACAUUCAGUGGGAAACUCUUGCAAGUGUUGGAAUUUCUUUUCUCUGACAUAUGUGCAUAAGUGCAUAUGGGCCUUUUUAUUUUUUUGUAAACAGUUCGGUUCAUUCUCCCCUAGAAUUCUCCUCUAGAAUGUAACCCAUAUCGGAAAUAGCAAUAUGUUGUCAAUGUGUGCCAAGAGCUAAAUAGAAUAUAUUGUUGUA